CAUUUCCCUUUGGAAUCCAGCGAAGCCGACAGAACUCUCCUCUCUCUACAAAAAGGAAAGAAAGAGGGAAAAUAAAGAAAAACCCAUUGUGCUUCUCUUCGAAUCUCCCUCUCUCAACAGCAAAAGCAAAAACAGAGGUGGUUUUUGAUCUAGAGAGAGAGAGAGAGAGAGAGAGAGAGAGAGAGAGAUGGCAGCUUAUAGAGCUGAAGAUGAUUACGACUACCUGUUCAAGGUCGUUCUAAUCGGUGAUUCGGGAGUUGGGAAGUCGAAUCUGCUCUCGAGGUUCACCAGGAACGAGUUCAGUCUCGAAUCGAAGUCGACGAUCGGGGUCGAGUUCGCUACGCGGAGCUUGAAUGUCGACGGAAAGGUCAUCAAAGCUCAGAUUUGGGAUACGGCAGGGCAAGAGAGGUACCGGGCCAUCACCAGUGCUUACUACCGAGGAGCCGUUGGUGCAUUACUUGUUUAUGAUGUCACCAGGCAUUCCACAUUCGAGAAUGUCGAGAGGUGGCUAAAGGAAUUGAGGGACCAUACAGAUCCUAACAUUGUUGUCAUGCUCAUUGGGAACAAGUCCGACCUCCGCCACCUUGUGGCUGUCUCAACUGACGAUGGGAAAUCUUUCGCUGAGCAGGAGUCCCUCUAUUUCAUGGAGACGUCGGCGUUGGAAUCCACGAAUGUGGACAAUGCGUUCGCGGAGGUUUUGACUCAGAUCUACCGUAUCGUGAGCAAGAAAGCCGUUGAGACAGGUGAUGAUGGAGCGGCUUCGGCAGUCCCCAGCAAGGGUGAGAAGAUAAAUGUGGGAGAUGAUGUGUCUGCACUGAAGAGAGUUGGCUGCUGCUCGAACUAAAGGCUUGAAUUGCGAUGCUGUGUGAAGAUGUGGCUGAGUUUCGCUGCAUCUCAUGUACACCACCGUGGUGCUGUUAACAGAUUUUUUCAGGUAGAGAGAUUUUAAGAUUAGUAUUUUGUGGAACAGCAGAUGAGGUUUGGAUAGGAUCAGGGUUGUUAUUUUUAUUGCUUUAGAUCAUGCCCCCGAUUGUGAUGUUCUCUCUCUCGCGGGAUGUGAUUUGGGUGUUGUAUUUCUGUAUUAGUCCUAGUAAUGAGUCAGAAGAUCAUGCAUGACUGGAAUAUAUUAUGAUGGCGGGAUUUAUUUGAACCAUUUAUCUGGUGGGCCUGAUUGUGGAUUAGCACUAAAAAACUGCGAUGGCUGGAUGAUAAUAGCCACUAUCAAUCAACUUCAUUUUUUUUUU